GCAACUCACAGCAGAGAGCCCGACUUGAAACGAGUAAUGAAAGCUCCGUGUGCUUGGCGCUAUAGCGGAUGCCUGCGCGCGGAUAUGGGAGCAAGGGCUGCUUUUUGCCGGUGUUAUAGCUCCAGCCACCAGCAUUACGAUUGGUACAAGGGAUGCUGCUUUGAUCGACUGACCCCCCUCCCCCACCCCCGGAGAAGAUUCUCUGCCACCCUUCACCGCAUGCCAACCUGGCCAGAAAACCAAGGACUCCGCAGACUCAGCCCUCACCACGCCUCUCCUGCACAGAAACACACUCCUGUCUUCCCCGAGGCUUCCAGAACCUCUGACGCGGGAGUCCCCCAGUUCUACCUCAUGUUUGGGGCAUCUUGCUAGCUAUGGCUCUUCUCCUCGGCUUCCUGUUGCUGCUAGGGCUGUGUGAAGGCACCCUGUCACAGGGGCCGCCGUCAUCCACAUACAGUCCUGAUGGUUUGGAAUUUGAAUUUCCUGCAGUGAACUACGAGACCAAAGAUUCUUAUGAAGCUGGACCCAUUGGCAUCUUCUUUCAAAUCGUGCACGUCUUUCUCCACGUGGUGCAGCCAAACGCUUUCCCUGAAGAUAUUUUAAGAAAAGCUGUACAGAAGAAGCUUGACCUCUCGGCGGAUUAUGAGAAGAUUAUCUCCUAUGAGAUCGGGAUUAUUAUCUGUGCGGUCCUGGGAUUGCUGUUUAUUAUUCUGAUGCCUCUGGUGGGGUUUUUCUUUAGUUUGUGUCGUUGCUGUAACAAGUGUGGUGGAGAAAUGCACCAGCGACAGAAGAAAAAUGGGACCUCCCUCAAGAACUGCUUUGCGCUCUCCCUCUUGGUGAUUUGUAUAUUUAUCAGCAUUGGCAUCAUCUAUGGUUUUGUGGCAAACCAGCACAUGAGGACUCACGUUGAAAAGACUCGGAAAUUGUCAGAAAGUAAUUUCAACGACUUGAGGACUCUCCUGAAUGCAACUCCAGGGCAAAUCAACUCUCUGCUGGACCAGUAUACCACCACAAAGGAAAGGGCAUUCUCGGAUCUGGACAAUGUUAAGUUGCUGCUGGGAGGCAGAAUUUUCGAACAGCUCAAACCUAGAGUGAUCCCUGUGCUGGAUGACAUCAAGGCCAUGGCGGAAGAAAUCCACGAGACCAGAGAAGCCCUGGUCGAAGUGAACCGUAUCUUAACGGAAAUGAAACAGUUAUCUACAAAUCUUAGCCACAGCCUGGGGAACGUGAAAAGGAACGUGGAGCAAGCCCUCACUGACCCCAUGUGCUCUGUGCAGCCAGUAAUGACCACUUGCACCAACAUCAGGAACUCUCUAAGCCUUCUGGAUGGCAGCAUUAGUUUCGACCAGCUCCCGUCUUUGGAUGAACAAAUGGAUAACCUUACUAAUAUUCUUCGAACAAAUUUGUCAAGCCUGGUGCAAAAGGGCUAUACAUCUAUUAAAGCUAUACCUGGGAUAGUGCAAAAUGAAACCGUGAACGUCAUAUCAGAUAUCAAAAGGACCUUGGAUUCCAUUGGUUCUGAUAUCAAAAAUAUGAGCAAAAAGAUUCCUAUUCAGGAGAAGCUGUCAGAUUUCAUCCGUCACCUUAAUAACACUGAAAAUUAUAUCCACCGCCACUUACCCACUUUGGAAGAAUAUGAUUCAUACUGGUGGCUGGGUUGCUUGGUCGUCUGCUGUUUGCUGACCCUCAUAGUGAUUUUUUACUGCCUGGGCUUGCUGUGCGGCACGUUCGGCUAUGACCAGAAUGCCACCCCGACCAGACGAGGCUGCAUCUCAAACACCGGAGGCAUCUUCCUCAUGGUAGGGGUUGGAUUCAGUUUCUUAUUUUGUUGGCUACUGAUGACCAUCGUGGUUCUGACUUUUGUUGUUGGCGGAAAUGUGGAGAAACUGGUGUGUGAACCUUACCAAAACAGAAAGCUAUUCCAGGUUUUGGACACACCGUAUUUACUAAAUGCGGAUUGGAAAUACUACCUCUCUGGCAUGAUAUUCAACAAACCAGAUAUUCACCUCACUUUUGAACAAGUUUACAGUGAUUGCAAAGAAAAUAAAGGCAUUUUUACCACACUUAAGCUAGAGAACAUCUACAAUAUCAGUGAGCAUCUCAGCAUUACAGAGCAUACCGGAAACAUAAAUAAAAAUUUUGGAAAUAUGAAUAUAAAAAUUGACAAUAUAGUUCUGCUGGAUGAGGAAGGAAGAAGAAACCUUAUGGAUUUCAGCUCUUCAGGAGUAGAAAAAAUAGACUAUGGUACCUUCUUGGAUGUGACUGGGAAAAAUCCCACAAAAGUGAAUCUUUUAUCAUAUGCAAAUGAUCUAGAAGCAAAAGCCAACCAUUUGCCCCAAGGAAAUUUGAAACAGAGCCUGAAAGAAAAUGCAGGAAACUUAAGAAAUAUUCAUCGUGUGGAAAUCAUUCCUUUGCAAAAACUUAUGAGCACCGUGCACCAAAGGUUGAAGGAACUUCAACAGAAAAGCAGAGGAUUGGGGGUGAAAGUGUCCAAUAUCAUUUUCUUUUUGGAUUCUGCUCAAGACUUCAUCACAACCCGCAUGUCCACGAUUAUUACCGAAGAAAGUAAGAAGUAUGGGAAUACGAUCAUAGGCUACUUUGAACAUUAUCUGCAAUGGGUCAAGAUCUCUAUCACCGAGCAAAUGGCAGCCUGCAAACCAGUGGCCACCGCUCUAGAUUCGGCUAUUGACGUCUUUCUGUGCAGCUACAUUAUCGACCCCCUGAAUCUGUUUUGGUUUGGUAUAGGAAAAGCUACCGUGUUUUUACUUCCGGCUAUCAUUUUUGCUGUAAAGCUGGCUAAGUACUACCGUCGAAUGGAUUCUGAAGAUGUAUAUGAGGAUGAUGUUGAAACUAUACCCAUGAAAAAAUAUGGAAAAGGCUAAUACUGGUUCUCGUAGCCAUCAAGGCAGUAAGACAAACUGAACAAAAUUUUUAAACAGAUUCAACUUCACGAGUUCUUGAUCUGCAGCGUCUCCAAAUAUUGGGAAAGAAGCCUUCCCUUCAGGAGUUUACAGAGUUCCGGGAGAUCACAUGCAGUAUGCACUGACCGGCCCAAGAGUGGAAAGCACACACGCCUGUUUUUUAGACGUUUUGCUUUAAUCAUCUGAGCCUUCUAUGAAAGUUUAACUAUGUAACAUUCAUUAGUUCCCAGCGUAGCCUUUGGAACAAGACAGGAAUUUUGGCACAUUUCAUCAAAUGGGAACUUAGACUCCUAAUUCGAGAAAGUCCAGCAAAUAGCAGAUCUGUGUGUGAACAAUAAAAGAGUGAUUUCAGAAUUAUGAUUCUGAUCUUCUUAUUGAAAAAUAGACCUAAACUACAGAUGUCAGUGAAGUCGCUGUAUUAU